AUGAUCACCCAUUUUGUAUAUUCAGACCUGCCGAGAAGCAAGACCGACGGGAUACAGCCUAAGAAGAAGGCAGCGGCUGUUGCAGAGCAAGCCUACGCACAACAACUACCUUCCAUUCCUUACUUUACGAUACACACAAAGCGGCGACAGCAACUACCUUGGCGCCAUACCCUAGUUUCUUACAAGAAGAAGAAGAAGAAGAAGAAGAAAAUUAAAGAGAAAUCCCAGAGAAGCAUAGGAGAAGGCAAGCAAAUCGUAAAGAAAACCAACCCUUUUCUCAGACCUCAAAACAGACUACUUAUGUCUGCAUCUUAUAGUAUGUAUGAUACAACAGCGAGAUCUCAAUCAUACGGUAGACACCAACUCAUCCAUGCCAUGCCAUGCCAUGCCAUGCCAUUCUUCACACCCAACGACGAAGAACAACGAUCAAUCAAUUAUGCACCCUCCUACUCUCCAUCCCCAUCCCCACCCUCUACCAUUGAACUUUCCAUCAAUGCGCCCCUCCAUAAGCCACUGCUGCCACGCAACAUAGUCCUUGGCCUCAUCGAAAUGAAUCUUGCCACCAUUCCACUUCCAGCUCAUAUCGAGCAGGUCCUGUUCCAUCGCACCCUCAUCUUUCGUCGCGACACAAACGAAUUUGGCGAAAUUCUUGUAGGCGAGGGCUUGUGCGCGAUCGGAUUUCUUCUUGGUGGCGAGGGCCUGGGCGUCGGCGUUGCGUGCGGGAGCUGGGAGUAUGGGUUGUUGGCGGCCGAAGAGGUAGCCGGUUUGGAUGAGAUGGGAGAUAACGAGACGGGCGAGGGAUGGAGGAGAACGCAAAAGGCGGAAGAGAAGAAGGAGGGUGGGAACGUACUGGUAAAGCAUCCUCUGCGACAACCACGGCUUUCAUCUUCCUCCCGGAUUCGGCCCAUUCCUGAACAUGUUCAUUUCCAGCCUGGCCUCGUCGACGACUUUGAUCAGGGCUGUGGCCACGCGGACUGGGUCGUCUUUGAUCAAACCUCCGAUUUCGGUGGCGACGGAUUGGAUGCAGGCUUUGGUAACGGUUUUGCUUUUAGGAAGAUUCUUGCCAGCGAGUUUUUCGAGGAAAAGGUCCAGAAAGACUGGAAGAGAUGGUAG